AUGGAGAAUAAACUGAUACAGUUGCGCAUACGCCUGCAGGAGCGUGGUGUCAAAUUGUGGGAAUCUCCAUAUUAUGUGGAGGAUUUGGGCAGCAGCGAUUCGGCUGUGGAGCUGCUCGCCCAGGAGCUAAGUCGUGAGCUGCACAUCAGCGUUGUGAGCUGCAAAAACUCGCUGCUGGAGCUGCAGGAGCAUUCACUACGCAAACUAGCCGCACGGCGGGAGUUCGAUGAUACGGGCUUGGCCACAUUCCAUGUGCGUUGCGUGGACAACCAGGGCGGCACGGCGCACACGCUGGAGGUGAAGUGCGCUCUGGGAGAGCUGGGCGCUAAUUUGCAGCGUAAAGUCGCCGACGAAUUGCAGCUAAGUGAGGCGGAUCAUGUGAAGUGCAUCUCGGCAGGACGCAUGGUGGUGUCACAGGCGACCCUGCAGUCGCAGGGCCUAAAGAACAAUCAGCAGCUGUUGGUGAUUGUGGGUCAGCCGGAUUCGCGGGGUGAGGCUCUGUACGAGCGCAUACGCCAGAUACAGCGAGAUGUGGAAGUUGUUGUCGAUUCGGAUCAUCGUUUUGUCGAUCUGGAGGACCAGGAUGGCAAUGUGAUGUUUCUACCACCGCACGAGAAUCGUGCUCUGCUCAUGGGCAUGAGUUUGGGCGAGAAGGCACGCGCAGCCAUGCGGCGGGGUCACUACGAUGAGGCGCUGUUGCUCUUUCUGGAGGCAGAUGAAAAGCUUAACAAUUGCGAUUCCAAGUUUCUGGAUUAUGUGGACAACUAUGCGCUGCUCAAUUUGGACAUUGUCUGGUGCUAUUUGUGCCUAAAGAACAUAACCCAGCUGCCGGAUGCCCAGCGUCGUCUCGAUGUCUGCGAGCGCAUCCUGCAGCGCAGCUACGGCGAAAACUUUAGUCGCCUCUAUGCCCUGAAGGGCUCCAGCUGUCCGGAGCGUGCACUUAUCAUGCGCCUGCAGCUGCUCCAGGGCAUCAUAUUGUUUCAUCAGAAUCAACGGGUUGAAGCACGAGCGCGUCUGGAUGCCGCAGGCGCAGCCUUAGCUGAGCUGAAAGUGAACAGCGAACAGCUUGAGCUGCUGGUGGAAAUGGGCUUUGAUGCUUCCGCUGCCCGCUUGGCCCUGCGCUCCAGCAACGGCAAUGUGGAGCAGGCGGUGCAGUUCAUACAACAGCGUCGUCAGCGUCUGCAAGCGGCGCGUGCCAACUCGGAUUCGGAGCGACAGCUGAGUCGUCGCCUGGCGCAAAUGCAGUUGGACAACGAUGGACGCGAUUGGGUCCAUCCGCGCAGCGUGUGUCGCCUCAUGGACCUGGGCUUUGAGCAGCAACUUGUCGUCGAGGCACUGCAUCGCACCGAGAACGAUUUGGCGCGCAGUCUGGAACUGCUGCAAUAUCAUUCGAGUGAACUACGCCAGGGUUUGCCCGACUCUCAGGCAGCUGAUGAGCAAAUGCUUGGCACUCUACGCGGACUGGGCUUUAAGUUGCCCGCGGCACGUGCCGCUUUAGAAAUCACAUGCAAUAACCUUGAUCGCGCCAUCGAUUUUCUGCUCAAAAGUUUGGCCACCGAGGAGGAAUUAAACAGCGUGGUUGAACGCAUGUCUGCAACAGCCGCAGCUGCUGGUGCCGCCUCCACCUCCUCCUCAAACUCCCCCGCCUCAUCCGUCCUUCCCAACUCCUCAUCGGAGCAGUUGUCUGUUGGAACGCCCAGCAAAGUAGCUCUGGUUAAAUCGGUGCUCAACAAGGCCAAGGCCGAAUUGGAAACAUACAGAGCCUACAGGCGUUUCAAUGAGGAUAUACCUGAUGUUGAUCAGGACUACUUGGAUUUGCCACUGGAACAGGAGGAGCAACUACUCAACGAGUACACACAACUACUGGAACAUUACGAGGGGUAG